AUAUCCGAGCAGCGGGCCGCUUGGUUGGCACUAGCCGCCUCGCCUUCUUCUUCUUCUUUUUCCUCCUCCUCCUCCUCCUGCUGCAACCGCGAUGUCUUCCGCCCCGCCGCCCGCGGGCUUCGUCAGCCCCUUCGCCAGACCCCGCUGCUUGGCUGCCGCAGCCCCUGCCGGCAAAGCCAAGCUGACGCACCCGGGCAAGGCGAUCCUGGCAGGUGGCAUCGCCGGAGGUAUUGAAAUCUGCAUCACUUUCCCCACCGAAUACGUGAAAACCCAGUUGCAGCUCGACGAAAAAGCCAACCCGCCACGCUAUAAAGGCAUUGUGGACUGUGUCCGAGUGACAGUCAGGGACCAUGGGAUCAAAGGCCUUUAUCGAGGCCUCAGCUCGCUGGUCUAUGGUUCCAUCCCGAAGGCUGCUGUGAGGUUUGGCAUGUUUGAGUUCCUGAGCAACCACAUGAGAGAUGCCGAUGGAAAACUGGACAGCACACGUGGCCUUCUUGCCGGUUUGGGGGCUGGCGUGGCUGAAGCCAUAGUGGUGGUCUGCCCCAUGGAAACCGUCAAGGUGAAGUUCAUCCAUGACCAAUGUUCUCCCAACCCAAAAUACCGGGGGUUUUUUCACGGUGUACGGGAGAUCGUUCGGGAACAAGGGUUGAAAGGAACCUACCAAGGUUUAACCGCCACGGUCCUCAAACAAGGAUCUAACCAAGCCAUCCGUUUCUUUGUCAUGACGGCUCUUAGGAACUGGUACAAAGGGGACGAUCCCGACAAACAGAUUAACCCACUGGUGACGGGAGUCUUCGGUGCGCUCGCUGGGGCUGCCAGCGUCUUCGGUAACACCCCGCUAGAUGUCGUGAAGACGAGAAUGCAGGGCCUUGAAGCGCACAAGUACAAGAGCACCUUCAACUGCGCCUACCAAAUCAUGAAAUAUGAAGGACCUCUCGCGUUUUACAAGGGGACCAUUCCACGCCUGGGAAGGGUCUGCUUGGACGUAGCCAUUGUGUUCAUCAUCUACGAUGAAGUGGUCAAGGCACUCAACAAAGUGUGGAAAACGGACUGAGGGACGCUCACAGACGUGAGCCGAGGUGGGGGGUCAUCCUCCCCCACCCCAUCAGGCAACAGCUGGGACAAAAGGGGUGACCAACUGCAGAAGACAUUUGGAAGGGCGGUGUGUGCUUCUUCAUUCUUUCUCUUCUCUUGGCUGGAGGACACGAUGCCAGUCCCCAAAUCACUUUGCCACCUUUUACGAGACGUAUUUAUCGGAACGCCACUGCAGACGGAAUCUUUCUCUAGGCUUCACUGUCAUGGUCAAUGGCGCGAAACAACUGGUGGGGUCACCACGAAGGAGUCACGGACAUAAAUUCACAGGUCACCCUCAAAUAGUUUUCUUCUGGGGGAGGGUCAGCGAACAACCAGUGGGUGGUGGGGUUAAGAGUGGUUUUCUUUGGUGCUCUUGAAAAUACACAUUCUGAUUGGCUUUCUCACUUGUUCAGUUCGAGACACACCCUUCCUUUCCCC